AUGAGUCGCCACUUGGACCUGGUGCGAAGCUUCCUGGAGCAGCUGGAGGCUCGGGACCGCCGGGAGGGAGAAAUCCUUGGCCGCGAGUUCAGAGAUAUUAAGGCCCGCUCGGUGGCCUGGAAGACGGGAGGUGUGUGCUCCACUAAGGUCGGCAAUCGACCUGGGAACACGAAGAAGAACCGCUAUAAAGACGUGGUGCCAUAUGACGAGACCCGCGUCAUCCUUUCCCUGCUGCAGGAGGAAGGACAUGGAGAUUACAUCAAUGCCAACUUCAUCCGGGGCACAGAUGGAAGUCAUGCCUACAUUGCGACCCAAGGACCCCUGCCUCACACUCUGUUGGACUUUUGGCGCCUGGUUUGGGAGUUCGGGAUCACGGUGAUCCUGAUGGCCUGUCAAGAGACAGAGAAUGGACGGAAGAAGUGUGAACGUUACUGGGCCCAGGAGCAGGGGCCACUGCAGACAGGGCCUUUCUGUAUCACCCUGAUAAAGGAGAUGCCAGUGAAUGCAGACAUCAUUCUCAGGACCCUCCGGGUUACAUUCCAGAAGGAAUCCCGCUCUGUGCACCAGCUGCAGUUUAUGUCCUGGCCAGACCACGGGGUUCCCAGCAAUCCCGACCACAUUCUCACCAUGGUGGAGGAGGCCCGUCGCCUCCAUGGAGCUGGCCCUGAACCCCUCCUUGUCCACUGCAGCGCUGGCUGCGGACGAACAGGUGUCCUGUGUGCUGUGGAUUACGUGAGGCAGUUGCUGCUGACCCAGACAAUCCCACCCAAUUUCAACCUCUUUGAUGUGGUCCUCGAGAUGAGGAAACAGCGUCCUGCUGCUGUGCAGACAGAGGAGCAGUACAGGUUCCUGUACCACACCGUGGCCCAGCUAUUCUCGCGUACUCUCCAGAACACCAGCCCCCACCACCAGAAACUAAAAGAGAACUGUGCCCCAAUUGGAAAGGAUUCCUUGUCCCUCAGGAUCUCCCCAGAGCCAUCUGCCACAUCCCGCCCACCAGGUGGUGUUCUCAGCAGGAGCAUCUCCGUACCCGGAUCCCAGACCCGGACCAUGGCCGACACGUAUGCUGUGGUUCAGAAGCGUGGCGCCCCGGCGGGCGCGGGACGGGGCACGCGGGUGCCCAGCAGCACCGACACCAUAAUCUACAGCCAGGUGACUCCGCGUUCCCAGCGGCCGGUGGCACACACCGAAGACGCGACGGGGACGACGCCACCGGGCCGUGUUCCUGUGGAUCUAAAUCCUCCGGGGCCUGAUGCCUAUGAAGAAGUAACAAAUGGACCGCAGACUGGUGGUCUAGGCUUCAACUUGCGCAUUGGAAGACCCAAAGGACCACGGGAUCCUCCAGCGGAGUGGACGCGGGUGUGAGUGCUAAUCGCUCAAUAGUGGCUGGACUUCUGCAGCCUUGCUGCUGUGCGCGGUGUUGGAAAUGGGACUUGUGGGUCUGCAUCAAAAUAAAAGUUUCUCAGGGCGGAAAAAAUAAGGGCUUUGCCCCAGUGUUUAUAGCAAUCAAAGCCCGAGGCUUGGAGACGUAAGUGGGAGAUCACUGGUGGUGGGUCUACCCUGAGGAAAUUUAAGAAAGAACAUCAGGAGUGGGCGUUGUGACCCCUCCCCAUAUACUCAAGAGGAUAUAAUCUAUUGGUAAGCUUCCAGAUACAUCCCCUCACCACAGAAUGAGAGGUGUAUCCUCAGUACCGGGGCUUCCUUUGCCCAGACACUCAGGUGACCCCAAGGGGAUGAGGUAGACGACCCUGAAGAUGGGUAGAUGACCCUGAGGAUGGGUAGGAUGGACCUCCCAAUAUUCAGACAGAUCCAGACCAAGCCUAGCUGUGGCCAAGUGGACUGACCCCAGACAGGCAGAUUUUAAAAAAUAGAAAAAGAAAAGAAAAAAGUUUCCAGAUAGGAAAACAUAGCUCACCAAAUCUGGACAUAGAGCUAGAUGGCUAAAUAUCCACACCUUCAGAGGAGUUCUCUGUGGCAAAACAGAUGGACCUCGGCCAGAGAGAAAUAAAUCAACCAGUAGCCUUUAAGACCAGUCCCCCAAAUCAGGCCCUCACUCUGCCUUGCUAGCCAAAUGGACUCCUAGCCAGACAGAACCCCAGACAUAAACAGAUUCCUGAUGAACGGAUACCCACAGACAUCCCAGCUAGACUGGGCAGACUGACUGACCUACCAGCCAUAGACGUACAGACAUCACAGAUCAUCCACUAAACUCCCAGCUAUCCAGAAAGACAGAGCUCUUCUGACAUAGAAUUCCUGUUCGGGUGGACACAUGGAUAUCGCUCAUCCCAACAAAGAGAAACGAACCAAAGUUCUCUCCUGAGAAUCCGGGGCGGUUUGCAGUUGAUAGGGUCAGUGCUGAGCUCAGGAAACACUGUUUAGGUCUUAGCUUCCCUGUCUGAAUGGGAAGAGUGGCCAUGCUGAAGUCCAGGAGCACAUCUCUAGGAUGGGGAAGACUUAGGGUAACUGUUGGCAGGUCUUGGCAGGUCUGUCUUGGAAGUCUGCCCUAAGCCAGACUGCGGCUCCCUCCUGACUGGACUCUGCAGCCACCUUCCUAACCUUCCUCUUAGUCCCCGUUUGCUCGGGAUAAAUGCCAGCCUGCUAGUUUUUGUUGCCUUUAAUCGUUUAUGACAAUUACAUUGAUUGUCAACUUGAGAGAGUCUCGAACCACCUAGGAGACACACAUCUUUGUGAGAGUCUAUAAAUCAGGCUAAGAGAAGUGGGAGGACUCACUCCCAGUGUGGACAGCACCAGACCCAAGGCCAGGGUCCUAGACUGAAUGAGAAGAAAGCGAUUUGAGCACCUGAACUCUUCACUGCUUCCUGACUGUAGAUGUAAUGUGACCAGUUGCCUCAGGCUCCCGCCGUGACUUCCUCACCAUGCUCUGGAACUGUGACCCCAAA